CCCAAAAUACAACAGUUGGUGAGAGAUAUUUUCAAUGGAAUGAAGCCAUCUCUUGGUAUAAAUCCUGACGAAGCUGUUGCCUAUGGGGCUGCGGUGCAGGGUGGCAUACUAGCUGGGGACACGGGGACAAAGGACAUUGUAGUUUUCGAUAUCACUUUAUUGGCUCUAGAAAUUGAAACUGUUGGCGGUAAACUGACCAAACUUGUUCCCAAAAAUACUCCAAUCCCGACGAGAAGGUCAAAAACCUUUUCUCUGACUGAAGAGAACCAGCCAUCUGUCACGAUUAGAGUAUUUGAAGGCGAACAUCCGAUGACGAAAGAUAAUCACUUAUUGGGUACAUUUGUUUUGAAAGCCAUCCCACCUGCACCACGUGGUAAGCCACAAAUUAGCAUAAUUUUCGAGGUAGACGUUAAGGGUAUACUGUGGAUGACUGUGGAAAACAUAGGCACGGGAUAUAAAGAGACAAUUACAUUCGACAACGACCAAAAUAGACUUUCACCCGAAGAUAUCCAAAGAAUGGUCGGAGAAGCCAAACAAUUUGCGGACGAAGACAUCAAACGCAAAGAAAGAGGUGAAGCAAGUAAUGAGCUCGAAGGAUAUGCUUAUACUUUGAAGAAACAAGUCAACGAUGAGAAGAAACUUGGCGGCACUGAUAGGCGAGCAAAAGAAUGUUAUUACUCUGUCCUCCGAUAA